AUGAUUGCAGACCCACUACUGAAUAUAACAGAUGUUCGACUUGUUGAUGAACCAGGUCCUAACGUUGGUCGAGUGGAAAUAGUUGUGGACGGCGUUUAUGGAACAAUAUGUGACAGCAAUUUUGACUACAAUGAUGCUGAUAUGAUAUAUAUGGCAAUGGCUCUGGACCUGUACACAUUGAUCAACUACAUUGUGAUGGAGCUGAAGCUUCCCUUGACGAAUGUCUAUACGUUCAAAACGGACAAUGCAGUCACAGCGAAGAUGUGUCUUUACUUUGCAAUGGCAAAAUGUGGGAAACCGGACAUUUUUGCAAGUUGGAGCGUUAAUUAUUUCCAGUUCAACGGAACGAGUUUGUUCGCUAACUGCGAAUUUAAAAAAACCUACGUCGGAUAUCUGCGUAUGAUAUGCACUGCAAAUGGUUGGACGACUAUUGAAGAAUGUCAGGAAUACAGUUAUCCGCUUUACAUUCAGGAAAUAAGACUUGUUGACGGAAAUAGUACCUUUGACGGCAGAGUUGAGAUCAAAGUGUUCAACACGUGGGGAACAGUAUGCAAUGACCUAUUUGGGAUCGAGGAAGCCAACGUUAUUUGCAAAAUGAUAGGCUUUUAUUCUGCUGAAGGAUUCCGCACAUCAUCUAUUCAAGGAACGGGACCUGUUUAUGUCGAUAACAUGGCAUGUGAUGCCAACAGUUCUCACAUCAAUGAUUGCCAGUAUUCAACUUACCACGAUUGUUCUCAUAGCGAGGACGUAGCCGUUACAUGUACAGGUAUCACAGCAAAGUGCGUUAACCCAACGCCACAGUUUGGUAGCGUCAACGACACUUCAACAAAUGUGGGAUCUUCAAUCAGCGUCGCAUGUGAACGUGGUCGAAUACUAGUAGGUGACUCAGUAAUUGUUUGCAAAGAAGACGGAAAUUGGACAAGCGCACCAUUUUGUCGUUUAAUAGAUUGCGAAGAUCCAACGCCAGAUAAUGGCGAAAUUAAGGGGACGUCAUAUUACCUCGAUGACGUCGUCUCUGUAUCGUGUGAUACCGGUUAUAUUUUAUCCGGCGACGCCGUCAUAACAUGCCAGAAUAACAGUUAUUGGACUGAUGAUCCAACCUGUACUAUUGUUGACUGUAACGCCCUGACCAUCGCCAAUAUGACGAUUGACAUCGGGAACACAACUACCUACGGACAAAUAGCAGUUGUAAAGUGUAAAUAUGAGUUUAGUCCAAGCGGAUCAUGGGCGGUGAAAUGUGAAGCUAACGGCGUUUGGAAUUACACGCAUGUUCCAGAUUGUAAACUGAUUGAUUGUGGAUCAUCUGCUCCUAUAUAUGGACGCGUCAACGACACCACAUCGACUAUUGGAACUGUGGUUGGCGUGGAAUGUGACUAUGGUCGACAUCUGGUUGGUGAUGCGGUGUUGGUUUGUCAACAGAAUGGAAAGUGGUCUGGUUCGCCCUUUUGUUCUUUGAUAGAGUGUGAUGAUCCGACACCAAAUAAUGGCUUCAUUAACGGGACGUCACACUACCUCGAUGAUGUUCUGUCAGUAUCGUGUGUAACUGGAUUUUCGUUAUCUGGCCAUUCCGUCAUACGAUGUCAGAACAACAGCCAUUGGACGGACUACCCACACUGCACGAUAGUUGAUUGUGGUGUCCUACACAUUUCCGCGAUGAGUGUUAAUAUCGGUAAUGCAACUACCUACGGGCAGAUAGCAGAUGUCAGAUGUCAUCCAGAUUUCAAACCACUUGGUUCCUGGACCGUGAAAUGUGAAGCCAGCGGCAUAUGGAAUUACUCGCUUGUUCCGCAAUGUGAACUCAUUGAUUGUGGAGACCCAACUCCUUCGAAGGGUCUGGUGAAUUCAUCAAAAACAACAGUCAAUACAGUAGUGCGUGUUUCGUGUGAAAACGGUUAUACGCUAUCGGGAGAGUCAGUCAUCACAUGUCUUAGAAACGGAACGUGGUCUGGGAAGUCAAUAUGCGACUCUUCCGAUUGUGGGAGACCAGCCAUAUCGAAUGCAGACGUGGUGACAAAUAAUUCAACAACCCUAUAUUCCAAGGCAUUUAUCACUUGUAACGAAGGAUUCGAAAUACAAGGCCCAAGUAUAAUUAUCUGCACUCAAACUGGAUGGAGUGAUAAUGUUACAUGCUCACCAAUUGUAUGUGAAGAGAUGGAAGUUGAAAAUGGUAGUGUGAUCGGCGCAGGAAGAGAGUAUGGAGCUGUUAUUGAAGUGAAAUGUCAUACUGGAUAUAUUAUUCGGGGUGACAACAAACUGACAUGCCAAGGAAAAGGUCACUGGAGCGAUAAACCAGCAUGCGUCAUUCAAAAUUGUGGCAUCGUGACCGUACCAACCAAUGGUAUCAUACUAACAAGUCCUGUGGUAACAACGUUUAAUUCAUCGUUGCGAUUUCAGUGCAAUGAUGGUUAUCACCUGACCGGAAAUGGCGUUCUUUGGUGUGACGCAAACGGCAAAUGGGACAGUUCAGUCCCGACGUGCGUUCGCAAGUACUGUGAUAACCCAACCCCAACAAACGGCGUCGUUAAUGGGACCUCAUUUUACUUCAGUGACGUGGUUUCAGUAUCUUGCGAAAAUGGCUUCUUAUUGUCCGGCGAACCUAUCAUACAAUGUCAGAAUAACAGUAACUGGACAGUUUAUCCGAGAUGCAAUAUCGUUGUGUGCGAGCGCAUUGACUUACAAAAUGGCACUGUGACCGGCUCAGAAACACACUUCGGGUCAAUAAUCGAGGUGAAGUGCGAUAUUGGGUAUGAUCUUCGUGGUGACAGUAGACUAGUAUGUCAAGCCGAUGGUAAUUGGAGUGGUAACCCAACAUGCAUCAGUAAAGGUUCCUUCUGGGGAGAUCCGCAUAUGAGCACGCUCGACGGAAUGAACUACACAUUCAACGGACUCGGGGAAUACGUGUUGCUAAGCAUUGAAACGCCAAAUGUUACAUUUUCCCUCCAAGCUAGGGCGGAGAGGGCAGUGAAAGAAGACGGGAACCUGUCUGACGCGACAAUUUUCACAGCGUUUGCAGCUCGUGAUAAUACAAAUUCGUCCAUACACGUUGAACUUAAUAAGGCUAAGGACAAUGUUACUUUGUACGGGAAUGGCAUUGAUCUUACAAAGACUCUUCGGGAAGUACAACACGACAUGUUUGUGUUUAAUACGUCAACACUCACAAUUCAUGAAGAUAACGGCGUGUUGAGGGUGUCAUUCCUUGAGAUAGGGAUAACGCUCGAAAUAGGAAAAGGAGCAGGAAUGUUGUCAUUGGAUGCGAUUGUACCAAAGACAUUCAACAACGUGACAAAAGGUCUCCUAGGAAAUUUUGAUAGAGACCCUUUCAAUGAUUUUGUGUACCCAAAUGGGAGUCAGCUUCAUUUUAAUGCAAGUGAUAUGGAAAUAUUUUUUUACGGUCAGGCAUGGUCCGUGAAUGACAGCUCGUCUGUAUUUUUCUAUGACGACGGAAAGGAACAUUCCGAUUAUCACAACGCUUCCUACAUACCGCGUUUCCUUGAUACCGUCGACAAAGUAACGCUUGCUGAAGCUGAAAAGGCAUGCAACGGCUCAAAGAAUAAAGAAUGUGUGUUCGACUACGCAUUAACCUUGAACGAAAAUAUUGCGAUGAUGACGAACAGAAAACGUGAAAGUAUUGACGUGAACACAGAAGAAAUAGCUCAAAUUGUGCCAACCAGUAAUAAUACAUGUAGCGUAAUUGCAAAGGUUGGAGAGCAAAUUUCGUGCAAGUUAAAGCUCGAUGAUGGGUUUGUUGCAAUCAACGCCGACAGAAAGCAAUCUCAGCAGCACACUAUACAGGUGCAACUAUGCACUGGUUGCCGUGGCAAUGGACGGUGCUCCACGACAGUGCGGCCGGACCCUCGAGAGAAUGCAUUUUUCAAGUACUCUGCAUGCGUGUGCGACCCUGGAUACACCGGUUUGUAA